AUGACGAAUAGCUGGCGGGCUUUGGCUCGUAUGGCGAGGGAUCGUAUCGUACAGACCGACCCAGAGGACUUGUCCCUCGUACUGAGUCUCUGGUACCUCCGCGUCUCCUCCCUCGCCCGCCUCCGUCUCUUCAACCAAACCUCCGCAGAAACAACAAACCUCUUCACAGCCCUUCACUCCAUCCAACCCCCCUCCACACGCACCCACGUCUUCGAGCACCUCCUCCCCUUCGAGCUCGAAGUCAUCUACGCGCGUCUGAAAUACUGGGCGGGCGAUCCGCUCGGAUAUGUGGAUGCGUUGGCGGGGUUGAUGCGGAAGUGUAGGAGGAAGGCGAGGGGGGCGAGGGGGGAGAGGGGAAAGGCGGAUAGGGGGAUGUGGAUGGAGAGGGGGGCGAGGGUGGCGUUGAUUGCUGCGUCGCAGUUUAUUGAGAUGAAGGACUUCACGGCGGCGACGAACCUCCUCGAGCCGCUCCUGAAGCAGCCCGGCAGUAACAGCGACCUCCGCUCCGCCCUAGCCCGCAUCCACCUCCAAGCCGGCGACCUGUCGCAAGCCGAAAAACAGUUCGCGAUCGUGGCGGAGGACCCGGAGGUCGCUCAGGCGAGCAAGGAUAUGAAUAAGGCGUUGUUGGCGGCGGCGAGGGGGGAGUGGGAGGUCGGGAGGGGGUUGUUGGAGGGGCUUGUUGGAGGGGAUAGGGAGAAUUUUGCGGCCGUGAAUAAUCUCGCUGUGGCGUUGCUCGGUCAGGGCAAGCUGAAAGAAGGCAUCGAGGUGCUCGAAGCGGCACUGCAAGCUUCACCCGCGACGUUAACCAUGGCCGAACCGUUCCUCUUCAACCUCUCGACGUUAUACGAGCUGCGUUCGGCGGUCGCGGCGGAUAAGAAACGCAAUUUGUUGAUUGAGGUGGCGAAGUGGAGUGGGGAUGGGCUGCGGACGACGUGUUUGAAGAUGCCUGCGAAUUGA